AUGGGGGUGUGCAAGAGAUCUGCAGAGCUUCUCAAAAUAACCAACGAUAUUCUCCUCUCCUCGGACUCUGGACAACUCACCAUCCUCAUCCUCCUGGACCUCACUGCUGCUUUUGAUACAAUCAACCAUACCAUCCUGCUCUCCCAAUUAGAAUCUGUACACAUCACUGGCACUGCACUUUCCUGGUUCCGCUCCUACCACACCGACCGACAACAAUUCAUUACCAUCCCCUCCUGUUCCCCUACCACAAGGUGUCCCUCAAAGUUCAGUUCUUGGUCCCCUCCUCUUCAUUCUUUACAUCCUCCCCCUUGGUCAGAUCAUCCGUGUAAAUAUGGACUCCAAUUUCACUGUUACGCUGACGACAUCCAAAUUUACAUCUCCACAAAACAAAUCUCGCACAACACUGAAUCCACACUUCACAACUGCCUCAGUGAAAUUAAAUCCUGGAUUCAAGCAAACUAUCUUCAACUCAACAGUAACAAAUCGGACAUAAUCAUCAUCGACCCUGGAGCUCACAUCAAAGACGGUCAAUUUUCCCUCACCAUCAACAACUGCACCCUGCCUCUCUCAACACAUUCCCGCAACCUAGUUCAUUGUAAUGAAGAGACCCAACUGAUCAGAAACCUUUUCGCAAGCUAUAACAAGAAUAUCCGUCCUGUGGUUCACCCUGAGGACAAAGUGGAAGUUCAGAUCAAGUUGACCCUCACCAACCUUAUCUCUCUGAAUGAAAAAGAAGAGACUCUUACAACCAACGUCUGGAUAGAAAUACAAUGGGUUGAUUAUCGUCUAGCAUGGAAUAAAUCCGAUUACCAUGGCAUUGAUAUCAUCCGGGUCCCCUGCAAAACCGUGUGGCUCCCUGAUAUUGUCCUCGAAAACAACAUUGAUGGCAAGUUUGACGUGGCUUACUACGCGAAUGUAUUGAUUUCCGACAAUGGUGGAAUAUAUUGGCUUCCCCCUGCUAUCUAUCGUAGCACGUGUGCCAUAGAGAUCACCUAUUUCCCUUUUGAUUAUCAAAACUGCACACUAGCGUUCAGAUCACAGACAUACAGUGCCAAUGAAGUGGACCUUACUUUAGCUAUUGGAGAUAAAGACAAGAUAAUCGAAUGGGUGGACAUUGACCCUGAGGCUUUCACUGAAAAUGGCGAGUGGGCCAUUGUCCAUCGACCAGCCAGGAAGAUGAUAGACCAGCGAUACACUCCCGAUGAUCUGGAGUAUCAGGAGAUCAGUUUCAACCUGGUCAUUCAGAGAAAGCCCCUUUUCUACGUGAUCAACAUCAUUCUGCCCUGCUCCCUAAUCUCUUCCUUGGUGGUAUUGGCAUACUUCCUACCAGCACAAGCUGGAGGACAAAAGCUCACAGUAUCCAUCUCAGUCUUGCUGGCCCAGACUGUUUUCCUCUUUCUUAUUGCUCAGAAAAUCCCAGAGACUUCACUCUCUGUGCCCCUCAUUGGCAAGUACAUCAUCUUUGUUAUGUGUGUCACCACGCUCAUUGCUACCAAUCAAAUUGUGGUGUUGAACUUCUCCCUGCGCAGCCCCAGCACUCACACCAUGUCCUAUCAGAUCAAACAUCUGUUCCUGGAGACGGUUCCCCGUUUCCUAGGUAUGUCGCCUCUCCUGGACGACACCGAGGUGACCUCAGAGGUGAACGGCGUAAGAGAUCGGAGGAGAGAUUCCUUCGGCCUCAUGCAGCGAGCUGAGGAGUAUGUGCUCAAACAGCCUCGCAGUGAGAUGAUGUUUGACAAGCAAAAAGAGAAACAUGGGCUGAUGCAACCCAAUGUUGAUGGCGUCGAUGCCAAUACUACAGCCAAUCUGUAUAAGAGUUUAGCUCAAGCUGCACCUGAGAUAAAGCAAUGCGUGGAUGCCUGCAAUUUCAUUGCAGAGUCUACAAGACAACAAAAUAACAUUGGAUCGGAAAUUGAAAGCUGGGUGCUGAUUGGGAAGAUGAUUGACAAGGUGUGUUUCUGGGCCGCCAUUCUCCUCUUCAUCAUCGGCACAGUGGGGAUUUUCCUCACAGGACACUUCAACAAGGCGCCCGAAUUUCCAUUUCCUGGAGAAAACAACAAAUACGCCCCAGAAUGA